UUUAGUGAGGUGUGCACUUAUUUUUCGCUCCAGCGCUUCAAUCACCGAUUUCCAAUUGCCAAAUUCAUUAAAAAGAAGAAAAGAAAACAAAAUUGCUUAUAAAAAUGUGAAAAUUCAAUUAAGUGACGAAUAUUUGCUAAUAUAUACACUUGCAGCAGUAAAGCCAUUAGAAUUGUGGAAGAAGUGCCUUUUGUACUGCGUGCCGAGACCCAUCGACCGAAUGUGUUUAUUUUUUAACUCAAAUUGGAAUUGUGAAAAAGUUUACUGAAUUAUUUUCUUAAAGUGCACCUAGUUGGGUUCGAAUAAUGUGUAUAGUGGAGUUCUCGCAAGUUUACACAUAAAUAGACGAUAUUGCAGAUGCAGUUUUUCUGGAUUAAACUACAUGUGUACAUACUUUGACGAGUAGUCAUUUUGGCCAUUAUUGGAUGUGGUUUCUGUGGAAAGAAGUGCAAGAGUGGCGCCGAGCCAAUGACCGCAUAUUCGAUUGAAACUUUCGAAAGCAAAUUAAUGUGCAAAACAGUACAAAAUGUGCUACAUCAGUCGCUGUAAACGAAAAACAUUACUUUUGGUAAAUUCAAGUGGAAAACUUUAAUAUCCACUACAAAACUACUCUAGAAAACCUUAAACCUGUGAAACAAAAAAAAAACCCCUCACUAAAAUCCCAAAAAAUCCCAAAACUAAAAAAAGCUAUGUCUACGAAGUUCUCCGCGCAUCCUGACUUGGCGGUCGAACAAUUGCAACGCGCCGAGCUUGCAGCGCGACAGAACUCAAGCAAAUCACACGCGCAUCAUAGGCGGCAUCACUCUGUCGGUGCGGGGCUAGACAGCGGGCAUAGUACACCGAGUAAGUCUACAACUUCCGCGAGUAAAUCUGCGGCAACGAAAAAUGCCCCCAAACUAAUUUCCAAUGCCACAGUAGAUAAGACAAAUUCAAGUGGCGCCGGCGCCGGCGCCGCCAGCGCAGCGGAGCAGGACGCGUAUUCACGUUCAUCCCCAAUGCGAACUUUUAUGCCCAAAACGCAUGACACACAAAAUGUGGAUGUGCUGGACAACAAAUUCGCCUAUAACGCCGAUGGUGUCGAUAUGGAAGAUCGGAUGGUGUUAGCGUAUAUCGAUGAUAUCGAUCUCAAUUGUGACGAUGAGGAUGAUGUUUACAUACGAAAUGCAAAUAGUCGAUCAAGAAACACCAAAGACUGUGUAGACUGUACGUCGUCGUCGUCGUCGUUGCGGUGGUCAGCUGCAGGCGUUGCUGCCUCAUCACAACAACAGUCAGAGCAACAAGACGCCACUUCCGUGGAUGAGCCGGAUUACUUGCAGCAUCGCUUUAGUCGAACAGCAGCUAGUUGUAGUAGCCGGCUGCCUCACAACAGCAACAUCAGCAGUGAUUACUACACCAGCGACCCGCGUGCCUCACCCAUACACGCCAUCAGCGAUGGCUGUGUCAGUGGCUUAAGCAGUGCUUUAAGCUCACCCUCGGCCAGCACCGUAUCGUCGCCACUUUCAACGCCGACAAGACUUGCGCCACAUUUUCAGCAACAAAACCAAAAUAACUACAACGGCAACAAUUGCUGUCAAAAGUCGCUAACAGCGGGUGGUUGCUGUGGCGGCGGUAGCGCCAACAGCGACAGCGAUAAAAGUUGCAAUCAUCUUCAUCACCACCACCACAAUCAUCAGCAUCAGUCGCCACAGCAUCUACACAACCAUCAUCAUCAUCAUCAUACAGUGGCUUCAUCUACGUCGCUUAAGUCCACAUCUAAGACGGCGGCGGCUGCAGCGGCAGCAGCGGCAUCAUCAUCGUC